AUGCGACUGACAAGCGGCUCAACGCGAACGCAGGCAGAUGAAGGAGUGGCGACUAUGAGCCCCUAUGAAUCAUGGAGAUGUGCACUUGAAAUCUGGUAUGGUGCAAGCCAUCAGUACUCUUCGUACUACCUUCACCUGCGGUCACUAUACAUUCUUCAUCCCAGUCUUUGGUACCUGCAUUCCCCCGUGACAGGCGUCACCGCCUCCCUGCGCCAGCCGCAGCCCUCAGGACUGUUUGACACCGCCUUCCUCAGGAGCUACUCCGCCGCCGUUGCUGCCGUCCAUCACCGCAGUGGACAGCAGCCAACGGUUGCGACAGCGCCGGAGCAGCCCACAGCUGCAACAACGUGCAACCAGUCCACCAUUGCCCCAGCACCAAAGCAGCCCGCAGUUGCGACGACACCAGAGCUCUCCAAUGCAGUUUACCCCGUGGUCGCCCGGCUCUGCCGACUCGCCCAGCCAGGGAUACUCGCCUCACCUCACUGCGUCCAGCAACUCAUCAGGGGCGCACUAGGCACAUGA